GUUAAACUCCUUCAAUUGACAGCAUGUCCAUCUCUCUCCAACAACCUGCGCUUCAUGAUCUCACCAAGCUUGAGCGCAUUGGUGCGCAUUCCCAUAUUCGGGGCCUCGGACUGGAUGACCACCUGAACCCACGCCCCGUCGGGUCGGGCAUGGUGGGACAGACCAAAGCACGGCGCGCUGCUGGUCUGAUCCUCAAGAUGGUACAAGAGGGACGGAUUGCGGGAAGGGCAAUUUUGAUGGCGGGACCAGCAGGGAGUGGGAAGACUGCUAUUGCUAUGGGGAUGGCACAAGAGCUUGGACCGGAUGUACCGUUCACUUCCAUCGCUGCAUCAGAAGUAUAUUCGUUGUCGAUGUCAAAAACAGAGGCGUUGACACAAGCGUUCCGUCGAAGUAUUGGCGUUCAGAUCAAGGAGGAGACGGAGAUCAUCGAGGGCGAAGUUGUCGAGAUUCAGAUUGACCGGAGUCUCACUGGAGCGACCAAGACUGGCAAGCUCACACUAAAAACCACCGACAUGGAGACAGUCUAUGAUCUCGGUAACAAAAUGAUCGACUCACUCACCAAGGAGAAAGUCCUUGCAGGAGACGUGAUUGCCAUCGAUAAGGCAUCUGGACGGAUAUCGAAGUUAGGGCGGAGCUUUGCGAGGAGCAGGGACUAUGAUGCAAUGGGUGCCGAUACCAAGUUUGUCCAGUGCCCAGAGGGUGAAAUCCAAAAGCGCCGUGAAGUGACGCACACUAUCUCGUUGCACGAAAUCGACGUGAUCAACAGUCGCACACAAGGCUUCCUUGCACUUUUCGCGGGUGACACAGGCGAGAUCUCUCCCGAGCUACGUGAUCAGAUUGACACGAAAAUCAAUGAGUGGCGAGAAGAGUCCAAGGCGACUCUCACACCUGGCAUUCUCUUCAUUGAUGAAGUGCAUAUGCUGGACAUUGAGUGCUUCUCGUUUAUCAACCGCAAGCUUGAGGAAGAGCUUGCACCCAUCGUAGUGAUGGCGAGCAAUAGGGGAAUGGCGAAAGUUCGAGGGACGGGAUACAAGGCGCCGCAUGGCUUGCCGGUCGAUUUGCUUGAUAGGGUCAUGAUCGUGCGGACCGGCCCGUAUUCUGCAGAUGAGAUUGAAGGAAUCAUCAAGAUUCGUUGUCAAGAAGAAGACACGUCUAUCAGCAACGAGGCUGUCGCUGUCCUGACCAAAAUGGCCCAGGAAACGACUCUCCGCUACGCGCUGCAGCUCAUUUCAUGCGCGGACGUCCUCGCUCGCCGGCGGAAAGCGAAAGAAGUCGACCGGCAAGACUUACAGCGUGCAUACGUGUACUUCAACGACGAGAAGCGGAGCGCGCAAUGGCUCCGAGAACAAGGAGGUGGACUCUUGGUGUGGGAUAUGGAUGUCAAGGUCGAUGGGGAGGAAACGGGGGACGCGACGAUGUCGUGA